AUGUCCUUUGUCUCCGUCUUGUCCAAGUUUCCUUCAUGGGUGCCGCGAAAGUCAUGGCAGGUCAACAUCCUGCUCAUCUGCACCGCCAUCAACACUGGCUCGGUCUUGGGUUAUGAUGCCUCCAUGAUGAACGCUUUGAAUAUCCUGCCCGCGUACACGGAUUACUUCAGUCUCACACCUACUACGACGGCUCUCAACUCGGGUAUCAUCUGGGUCGGUGCAGCGAUCGGUAGUGCCAGCUUUGCCAGGGUCCCCGACUACAUUGGAAGGAAGCCUUCGCUCUUCUACUCCGCCAUUCUGGCCAUCAUCGGCGGUGCCCUCACAGCAGCUUCUCAGAACAUUGCCAUGUUCCUUGUUGCUAGGUUCAUCCUUGGCGCUGGCAUCGGCGGCACCUACAUGGCAGUUCCAGUCUACAUCUCCGAAGCCCUGCCUCUCAAGCACCGCACCCUUGGUUUAGGUCUCAUCAACGACGUCUACUAUGUUGGUGGCCUGCUCUCAGCCGGAAUCACGUACGGCACCUCUUUUCUGCAAAGUACGUGGGCCUGGAGACUUCCGGCGCUGUGCCAGAUUGUCUUUACCGUCAUCUCCAUCAUUGCACUUCCGUUCGCCCCUGAAUCUCCCCGUUGGCUGGCGUACCAGGGCCGCAAGGAUGAGGCACUUGCCGCUAUUGCGCAGGUCACCUCUGACGGUGACAUUUCGGAUCCGGCGGUUCAGCUUCAGUUUGUUCAGAUUUGUGAAUCGCUCGAUUACGAGAAGGAGAUGGAGACACCUUCGAUCAAGGAGCUCUACGUCAACAAAGGAUACCGCAAGAGAAUGCUGCUUGUCUUUUCUGUCGCCAUCUUCAGCAUGAUGACAGGCAGCAACAUCUUCUCGUACUACCUUGGCACUGCGCUUACAAACGCCGGAAUCACCGACUCAACCGCCCAGCUCCAGGUCAACGUUGUCCUCAACGCCUUCUGCCUGAUCAUCUGCCUGUUCGGCACCUACAUGGCUGAUCGGAUCGGAAGAAAAAUGCUGGCCAUCAUCUCGACAGCUCUUUGCACCGUCACCCUCUUCAUCAUCGGAGCUCUGACCAAGGAGUUCGGCAACUCGACCAACAAGAGCGCCAUCUACGCCAACGUUGCCAUGAUGUUCCUGGCCCAGGGGUUUUACAGCUUCGGAUGGACUCCAAUCCUGCAGAUGUAUCCUCCGGAGCUUCUCAGCUACCAGAUUCGAAGUAUCGGCAUGUCAUGGUGCAUUACGUGGCAGAACAUGACCAUCUUGAUCCCCAUUUUUGCUUUCCCCAUUGCAAUGAACAACAUCGGCUGGAUCACCUACAUGAUGAAUGGCGGGUGGAACCUAUUUCAACUAGCAAUCAUAGCCAAAUACUGGGUCGAGACCCGAAAUCUGUCCCUUGAAGAAGUCUCUCUUCUCUUCGAUGGAGAGAUUCACUCCCAGGUCACUGGUGUCAAGAAGAUCAUCGAAGGAGUUCCGUCCAAGUUGGACGCUGAGGCGGUUCUGGCCCAGGUCAAGCCCGACAUCAAGCAGAGCACUGAGCCAGUGGAUGAGUAG